AUGACCCAGUUAGACUUAUUGCCGCUUGAAUUGCUUCGUCAUAUUGUGAAAUGCUUAUCCAACCAAAGAGACCUCAACACGUUAUUGCGGACCAACCGGAAUCUAUACCAUCUUUUGCAUGUCUUCCUAUGCCAAUAUAAUAUCCAGCAUCAUCAGAGCUCAGCUCUGCUAUGGGCUGCCAGGAAUGGAGAUGCCAAUUUGAUCAUAAAAUUACUCGAUGCUGGCGCAAACAUCGCAGCAUUUGAGACCUCAAAUGUCAACCCGCUCCUACUUGCCGCCCAGGAGGGGCAUAUCGCAACCCUGAAAACCAUGCUUUCAGAGACACGGCCAGGUCGGGCAUGUUCACCUGCUCAGCUCCGCUCUGUUCUUCACUGGGCCAUCCGCUCUCACGACGGUGACGUUACAGAGCUGAUGAUUGAGAACCAGGCACCCUUAGACCCCGAAGGAGUUGGCCGAGAAGCGCUCUCUGCCUUGGGUGUCGCCGUUGCCUCACACUAUGACUCUAUUAUUCCUCGCCUUCUCAAGGAAGGCGCAAGGCCAGGUCCUGAAGAAUGCCCAUGUCCCCUUGAGAAUGCCAUAUACACUGAUCAACGGCAAGUGGUUGAGCUCUUACUUAAGAGUGGCAUCCAACUUGAAAGUGACGAGAGUUUGUGUCACAUAGCAGGCCAGAAUAAUCAACAUCUACUCCAGCUUCUUAUCAACUAUGGAUUGGAUAUAGAAUUAUUCGGCCAUGCAGCAUUAUUCACCGCAAUAAUGCACGGCCAAUAUGAGAUGGUCGAACUGCUGAUCGAAAAAGGUGCAAACCCCCACCUAACAUACGAGCUAUUUGCAAGGGAUGGGGAAGUCCAUCGCUAUAGCUCAGUAGGGUUUGCUAUAUACUUUGGGCACCUGGAUAUCCUAAAGCUCUUGCUCGCAAAGGGUGUCCACCCAGAGAAGUGCGAUCUCCACCUGGCCAUGAAGAAGGGGGAUAAACAGAAAGUUGCCCUGCUAUCGGAAUUCUCCUAUGAAGGCAUCCCUGAGAAGGAAGAUAUGUCCACCUAUGUCAAGUGGCAGUUACGUGAGAGAUGCGAGAAAAAUCCUGACUUCCAUAGGAUGGGAACGCGGCCUUUCUUAAUAGAACCUGCCAAUUCUGAAGAGCUUUCAGGUUGUCUACACUCCUACAUAACACUCGCCUCUAACAAGUGA